AUGGAAUUGGAAGAGACUCAAGAGGAAACAAAGAAAAUUAAACUUGAGGAGGAAUAUUACAACAUUUUUAUUCUUACCUUGAAUUGAUUCGAGACCAAGCCUCAAGGAAAACUUGACUAUGAGGAACUCCUCAAAUCUAAAAAUCCUGCAGACUUGCAAGAUAUUGUGAUAGUAGGACUUCAAGAAAUCAUUUCAGCUGGAAUCAUGAAGAAAGUUUUUAGCAGUAAGGUAGACGCUAAAGAUAUUAUGGCGAUUGCGAUUGAAAUCCAAGAGGCCCUCAAAAAUAUCAAUAGUGGAUCGGAGUAUGUACUUGCAGCCUGAGAGUCUAAGUUCACAAUGGCAACGCUCUUUUUCUGCAGGAAGGAAAUAAAGGACAGCAUCGAAAAUAUCAAAACAAAAUGGGAAGAUAUAAGCAAGCCUUUCAUCUCAAUAAAAGGAUGCAACCUGGUUAGAUUUGACAUAAAAGAUUUUGGAUCACUUAUUUUUGUAAACUCUCACUUCCCUUCUGGAGAAGAGGAGAGUAACAAUAAGUACAGAACACAUGCUUUUGAAAGUAUUAAUAAGAUUGUCAUGAAGGAUACAAAGGAUAAGUACUUUUACAAAGAUCACGACAUUCAAUUCAUCUUUGGAGACCUCAACUUCAGAGUUGAUAUCCCAUUUGAUGACAUCAUUGAUGAAAUCAACAGCAAAGACCACGCUGAUCAGGUCCUGAUCGAAGAUAUGCUUAAGAAAGACCAGCUAAAUAUGUUCAAAGCUCAAGAUAGUGAAGCUGCAGAGCUUGAGGAAAUGAAAAUCAAUUUCCUGCCCACCUAUAAAAUCAAUAGGGAGAAAGGAAAUUAUGAGCUUGAGAAGUGCAGGAUGCCCUCUUGGUGAGAUCGUAUUCUAUGGCACCAAAAUAAAGAAACCAAAUAUAAAUUCAAAGUCAAAGGAAACUUUUACGAAAGCAGACUUGCAAAGGUAAAAUCUGAGGAUGAUGAGCAACUUUUUAAUUUCUCAGAUCACCAUCCUGUGAUUGCUGAGUUCAAAAUCACUAAGGAAGAGUGGGAGGAUGUGAAACUAUCAGAGCCUGAUAUCCAUAUUGUAAAAUCAGAAAAACCAAUUGAAAGUGGAAGACCUUCAGCCGGAAAGAAAUUAAUAAGGAAGGCCAAACCUGUAGAGAAAAAGGGAGCAAGUAUUGAAAAAUUCGAAGUAGAUGAAGAAUACAAACUUAGAGAUUUUGUUGAUGAAACAAAAGAUGGAAAGCAAGAACCCCCUGCUAGCAAAGCUUGGUGUUGUCUCUGGAGAUAG